AUGACAAGCUCCAGUGGGUGGGACUCAUACAGGCUAAUACAGACCGAGGACAAGCCAGUGUUCAUGAAAGUUGGAGAGAGAAAAAAUGUGUAUGAUUCAAACCCACCAGGAGGAGAUAACACACACCAAUCCCGUCAAUUUUCAAAAUUCUUUCCAAACGAAUCGUUAUCUGCAGUCCUGGUGCUUUCUAAUGAUGUGGUGAUCCGCUUUUCGAGGUCAUUUGUUGAUUUGGGUGAUGCUUCAAUUUCAUCCGACAAGAUUUGUGUGGUUGCGAAUGUUUCUGUAAGGGAUGAACCAUCAGAAAGAAGGAACACUUCUGACUUAAAUACAGCCGUCACUCUUAAAGCAGGAAAACAUUGCCUGGAAACAAUUCCCCAGAGUUUAGGUUCAUCAUGCACAUCUGGCACCAGGAUUCAUGUUCCAUAUGUUCCAUCCACAUUUAAAGAGGAUGAAGUCAAUGAAAUAGUGGAUGCCUCAAAGAGGGCAGGUAUGGACUUUUGUGAAUCAGUUUCUACGGCAUUUUCCAAUACAGCAGCUUAUUUGUCAACAUCUUCCAAGACAAAUGUAGUAAAGCCAGCUGAGUUAGAAAUCAGGAGUCGAAUAUCAUCUGUUGGCGAAAAUACCUUGACAUCAGCACCCUGGCAAUACACUUGGGAUGCAGAUCCUCAAGAAUACUCUGAAACUGAUGACUGUGAAGAUGUUAAAGAUACCAGCUUGAAACCUGUAACAGUUAACAGGGUAUCUCAAGCACACACAUGGUACCAAUUUAAAAGGAGGAGAAAUAUCUUUAAGAUGAAACAAGUCCGUAGAAAACACAUUUGUUCCGAUUGCGAACUUGUCUUCCCUUUGCAGAGACUUUAUUUGAGGCAUAAAGAGGAAGAGAGGACAAACAAACUUAAAUGUGAGCUAUGUCAGAAGAUGUGUGUGUCUCAGUGUCUGCUGAAACAACAUUAUCAGGGACAUUGUAAGGAACAGGGGAACAAUGUAUUGUGUCUUCUUUGUCAGUUAUGUUUUUCUUCCAGGAUGGUAUUCUUGAGACACAAAUGUCAAAGAAGGUAUAUGUGUAGAAUCUGUUGUGAAGAUUUUACCAGUCGGACAAUAAUGAACAGACACAUGGAAGUGGCUCAUGAAGAAGUUUGCAAAUGUUAUACAUGUGGCAAGGUUUUUUCUUGUAAGACGAAUCUUCACAGACAUCUGAAGGGUUGUGCUAGGUUGGUUCAAGCACUAAAGGUAGCAGAUGGUGUUUACCAGUGUCAGGUUUGUGGCAGGACAUAUCAGAGUAUAUCUUUGUUUGUGAAUCACAGAAAAAUAAUGACUUCAGGCAACUCAGUAAAGUGUAGGGUAUGUGCACAGACAUUCUCUAGUCACUGUCAACUUUUGCAGCAUGUUGGUGAACGUGGAGUAAACAUCAGGGACAGGACUUGCCGACACCAGACACAGCUGCAAAGACCUCAGCAUAGUUUACCAGACAUUGCUUUCAAAUGUGAGUCAUGUGAUCUGCAGUUUCACAGCAAAUGUGGCCUUGGAACACACACCACACUGAGAAAUUGUUCCAAAGGGGAUGGGAAAGAUCUAAGGAAAAAAAUUGAACCAUAUUUUUGUAAAAAUUGCAACAAGGUAUAUUCAACAAAAACAAGCAUAUUCCGUCAUAAAGUGUCCAAGAAGGGGUGUAGGUAUUACAGCUGCAGCACUUGUUUCAAGCAUUUUUCAAGCAAAAAGAUGCUUGAGAGUCACAGGAUGACCCACUUGGAACAGACCCAGGAUGGAGGGUACCAUUGCUCUGUCUGUGACAAGACCUACAGCAGGAGGACAAGCUACCUGAAACACAAGAGACGUGCCCAGUGUGAUCUGACACAUUUCCUUAAGUGCCAACUUUGUUUUAAAGUGUUUGCUAGUGUUAAGUCACUAAAUACACAUCACAAAGUUUCUCAUCCAAAUGGAGUGAAUUUUUGUUGUCACAUUUGUGAAAGGUAUUUUUCUUCAUCAAAAGCACUUGUGAAGCAUGAAGCACUGAGGAGGUGUACCAAGCCGAGAGUUCUAGGGGCAAGUGUUGAGGGGACACAGUCUAUGCAGUGUGAGACUUGUGGGAAGAUCUACUCAAACCAGUCCAACCUCAACAGACACAGGUUGAAGCACACUGGAGAACGGCCAUAUUCCUGUUCUCAGUGUGGACUGAAGUUUGCUGACAAGUCCAUUCUGAAGAACCAUGUGCAGAACAUUCAUGUUGGCACUCGACCGUUCUUGUGCCAAGUUUGUGGGAAGCGGUUUAAGACUCGGACACAUGUUGAACGACACACCAGGGGCCACACUGACUUUAGACUGCCUUGCACACUGUGCAACAAACGGUACAAGCAUGCCCAGGACUUGCACAAACAUCAGAAGAAGGUGCAUGAUUCUUCCAUGCAAAGUCCUACAUGA